GAGACGAAAGAGGAAGACUGAGCAGGAGGCCCCGAUGGAGCGCCGGCCUCUGUGGCGGCGGGCCCCGCUGGACCUGCUCUCGGGCCCCUGGCUCCUGGCCUUGCUCCUGUUUCCCUGGACCCUGCGGCUCACAGGAGGGCAGUCCGUGACCCCAAUUGGUGCCCCCAUUUUGGUCUCUCUGGCCAACAAGACCAUUUCCUUCGACUGCAGAAUCACGUACCCGGACAGCCCCAAAUUCAGGGACUUCACAACCUGGUACUUUCACGUGGACCUCCAGAAACGGGAGAGCCUCAAGGAGCAGAUGAAAUGCUCACCCGACCUGGCCAAAGAGAACCAGACGCACACCCUGCAAUGCCGGGUCACCCCCACGCUGCCCAACGCGUCGGCCACUGGUACCUACUACUGCUCCGUGGACUGGCAGGACUUGAAAAUAAUUAGCCAAGGCGUCUUCAUCCUGGUCAGAGACGCAGGGUACCGAGCCCCCGCGCAGGACUCCCGGCUGCUCCUGCUCUCCAGCUUCACGGGCCUCCUGACCGCGUUGAGUGUCUUGGUCACAGCCCUGCUGCUCUGGAAGAAGAAACGGAGGCAGACUCCUCGGAAGCAGCCCGCCCAGAAGGGCUCGGACCCAGGCGCCCGCAGCCAGCAGCAGCCUCUGGAUGAGUCUGUCUACACGGCCCUACAGUGCGGAGACACUGAAGUCUACUCCUGCAUCCAGAACGAGGCCAGCAGGCUGCCGCCCACCCAGAGCCUCCUCUCGCAGGAGAAACCGCAAAGAUUUACGGAUGACAGUGAAUUUAACAUGGUCUAUGAAAACCUCUAGAACGGGAACCACUGGCCUAUUGGUCUGGGCCUGGAUCCAGGGCCCCAUGCAGCCCCUCCCUCCACAGAAUUGGCCCCACACCAGGAGCAAGGUCCCAGGGGUGCCCCAUCACCUCGUCCCCACAUUCGAGGCACUUCAGGCCUCGGUCUGCCCCCUACCCCCCCAUUCUGUGGCCCAGCCAUACCCACUGAGCAUCUCACAUCUGGCCUUUGCCCGGGCUCUUCCCUCUGUCCGCCAGCCCUCCCUCCAUCACCAUGGGCUCUCUGGGACCUCCGCAUCCCCAAGCCCUCCGCACUUUCUCAGGAUCCACAGGCUCGCUCACCGCCAGCCUGCCCUGCACGCAGACUCUAAGGCCAGCCAUGGGCAAGGGACCCUUGUCCCUGCUGUGAGCACGAGCAUCAGUGGGGACACCUAAAGGACCAAUUACACAAAUGCCCCCUGCCCAGCUGGGUUGAAGGCACAAGGCAGCCGUGCAAGGUGGGGCAGGGGGCUGGGGCGGGGGCAUGGGGGGGGUGGGCAAGAAGGGAGCUGCUCAGAGGCUGGGCUGGGCUCAGGGACAGGCCAGGGAGGCGGCUGAGUGGAGGUCAUCAGGCUGGGGGCCUGGAGCCAGAGGGCGAGGAAGGAGAUCUGACAUUCUUGGGACAGGGGACAGGGAGAUGCUGGCCAAAGAGGCUGAACUGCCUGAAGCGCUCCCUCCCCCCAGCAAGGACCCUGAGGUGGUUUCCCAUCAGCCUAGCCAUCUGCACUCCAUGCUUGGUCACCCCGUCCAGGCCUCAGCUGCUCCUCCUUCCCCAGAGAUCCCAUCUGGUGUACCUGGACCCCACCCCACUCCUCUCUGGUCUGCCUCCUUCCCCUGGCCCAGGCCUCUGAGGAGCCCUUCUCCCAUGAUCUAGCCGCAGGACUUGGUGCCUGGGGCUCCUCCAGCAGGUGGCCAGCUGCUUGGUGGUGCCGGAGCUCAGACCCUGUCCAGACGGGGGCCCCUCGGGGCACGGAGCCAUUCUGCAGCCCCCAGUGCGAGUUCCUCCCUUUCAGUAGCCCUGCUGGAACCCGUUUCAUAGGCAGACAGGGCUGAGGGGUGGGGAGUCACCCAGGCUGCGGGGUUCGGCUCCUUCCCUCCCCUGCUCUCCCCU